AUGUCGGAGAAGAAAUCCAGAAACUCAGAUACACGUCCAAAAAGUCUCCGGAGCUGGAGUGCUGACAGUUACGUGCGAAGCGUUAAGAAACGUUCGUGUAGUUCUCGCAGCGAAACGGGCCACGGGGGAGAUGAGGCUGAGGCACUGGAUGGCCAGGGAGGGCGUUCAGCCUCUUGCCCCCGCAGACGCAGGGAGAGGAAGUGUAGCUGUCCAAAUCCAGGAGAGGGAGACAUGGACUCUCUAUGCAGAAAAACCAUGUCGCGUCGAUCGCUAAAACAAAAGUUCCAGGACGCAGUGGGCCAGUGUCUCCCAUUACGCAGUCAUCACCACCAUCACCAUCACCAUCAUCAUCAUCAUCAUCAUCAUCAUCACAACCAGUCCAGUUCUUCACGUUCGUUCUCCGUCCUCCUGUGGUCCAAACGCAAGAUUCAUGUUUCCGAACUCAUGGAGGAUAAGUGCCCGUUCUCUCCUAAGUCUGAGCUGGCACAGUGCUGGCACCUGAUCAAGAAGCAUGGUACUCAGAAAAACACUUCAUUGGCCAUAGAAGCAGACAGCAAAGGGCCUGUUUUGUCCUCCUCUCCUCCUGCUCUUAUCUCCUGGGAGGAGGUCAGUUCCCCAAAGGCUUCUAGUCUGGAUGACUGGGAUCCCUCAUUUUUACAUGGCGAAUCCCAAUGCUGUGAACAUACUGACUACAUUCUAGUGCCUGACCUGCUCCAGAUUAACAACAGUCCGUGCUACUGGGGGGUUCUGGACCGCUUUGAGGCCGAGGAACUUCUAGAGGGACAGCCUGAGGGCACUUUCCUCCUCCGAGACUCUGCCCAGGACGAGUUUCUCUUCUCGGUCAGCUUCCGACGCUACAGCCGUUCUUUGCACGCACGGAUUGAACAGAACGGGAAGUGUUUUAGUUUCGACAGCCACGACUCCUGCAUGUAUCGGGACCCCAGCGUCACCGGCCUGCUGAAACACUACAGUGACCCCGCUACGUGCCUCUUUUUUGAGCCUCUUCUUUCUCGUCCACUGCCCAGGACCUUCCCGUUUUCCCUGCAGCAUUUGUGCAGGGCCGUCAUCUGCAGCUGCACCACAUAUCAGGGCAUUGAUGCUUUGCCUUUGCCCCACACCCUCAGGAACUACCUUAGGCAGUAUCACUACAGGUGCAACGGGGCCUGUGCUGUGUAA